CACCAGGAGAACAGUUUUGGGCUUUGUUUUGAGGUAAUACCCGGGAAACGACCUCGUGAGCCUACUCCGGAAGAAGGGCUGAAUGAAAUAGCACCAAGAGAAGGAACUCAUGAGCUGACUCCUCAAGCAGGAGGACCAGGUACAGAUAACGUAUUAGAAACUCAGUUGCAGAGAAAGGAAAGAAUCUCACCAGGUCCGGUCAUUUUUCGCCCUCCCAGAUGUAAAAAUGUUUGCGGCAGUUCAACUAGGCAUUUGGGUCUUCGGGAUGGUAUGCAAAUCUUCGUUAAGAAGCUGACUGGAGAAGUGACAUUUUUUAAUGUUAAGCCGAACGAUUUUAUUGCUAUUGUGAAGGGAAAAAAUCAAGAAAAGUGGAAAAUUCCGUCUUACCGCCAGGCGCUUCUUUUUGCUGGUAAAACACUUCAAGAUGACCCCACUCUUCAUGACUACCAUAUCACGAGAGAAUCCACCUUACACGUGAUUGAACGAGUUCGCUGGGGCCUGCAAAUCUUCGUCAAGACGGUAACUGGGAAAGUGAUCACUUUGAUUUUCGAAUAUCGAUGUCCUAUCGCAUUUGUGAAACAGGACAUUCGAGACAAAGAAGGCUUGCCUCCUGACCAACAGCAUCUUAUUUUCAGGGGUCAGGAACUCGAAGAUGAGCGAAAGUCAUUGGAAGCAUUGGAAGACGACAACGUCAAUGACGGAUCAAUUCCACAUUUAAGGCUAAGGGGCAACUUGGUAGAAUACUUGUAAAUGUGAAGAUGCCAGCUGGAGA